AUGAUCAAUUCGUCCCAUGGCUUCGCCAUAGUCACACCCGCCUCACGGGGGUUAGGAUUCGCCUUUGCGCAACACCUCCUCUCAAAGACUCCACUCCCCGUCGUCGCGACGGUGCGCCGGAAAAAAGAUGGAGUGCACGACAAGCUCUUGUCUGGAAAGAAUAUGCCGCGCAGCGCGGAGGAGAGAUUGUCUGUGCUGGAGGUGGAUGUUACAGAUGAAUCCACCAUCUCAUCAAUGGCCUCCCACCUGCACGGAACAUACCCCAACACACCCCUCCGCAUCGCCCUAACCCUACCCGGUAUUCUUCACGUCGAGAAAUCUCCAUCCCAGAUCGACGCCGCGAGCGCCAUGCACAGUUUCCAGGUUAAUGCUGUGGGCCCAAUGCUGCUCAUGAAACACCUUGCGCCAUUCUUACCAACGAAAUCUACUCGACCAUUCCCUACUUUACCUCAAUCUGAUAACAACAACAGACCUCUAUCUCUCCCCGCGCAUUCUAUAUACGCCACUCUCGCCGCGCGCGUGGGUUCUAUAACCGACAACGCUAGCGGCGGGUGGUACUCCUACCGCGCUAGCAAAACGGCUGUAUUUCAGCUGACGAAGACGUUCGAUUUGUACUUGCAAGCGCAGAGUCGGGAUCGGGCUUUGGCGGUUGCGCUGCAUCCAGGUACGGUGCGCACGGAUUUCACGAGAGAUUAUUGGGGGACGAGGGAGAUGCUUGAGCCGGAGGAUGCGGCGGAACGGUUGUUGAAUGUUUUGAUUGGGUUAUCGGCUGAUUUGGAUGGUGGGAGGGGGAGGUGCUGGGAUUGGAAAGGGGUGGAGGUUGCGCCUUGA